UCUUUCAAUUUCAAUACGAAUUCUAAAGCUCUCUUUAACUAGAUUUUAAUUUUUUAUAAGUAUUCGUUUUCUACUGAGCGUAUUCCAAUAUUAAUAAGCUAUCCAAUUAUUUAUAUCGAUAAAUUAGUGUAUAUAGUACCAUAUAAAUUAAAAUAGUUGAAAAAAAGAUGUCUUCAGGAAGACCUAUCAAGUGUGUUGUAGUCGGCGACGGUACUGUAGGAAAAACGUGCAUGUUAAUUUCGUAUACAACAGAUAGCUUUCCAGGCGAAUAUGUACCCACAGUAUUUGAUAAUUAUUCUGCUCCUAUGGUGGUUGAUGGUGUAGCAGUAUCUUUAGGUUUAUGGGAUACUGCUGGCCAAGAGGACUAUGAUAGACUAAGACCCUUAAGUUAUCCACAAACUGAUGUCUUCCUUAUAUGUUUUAGUGUUACAAGUCCUUCGUCUUAUGAGAAUGUGACUUCCAAAUGGUAUCCUGAAAUAAAACAUCACUGCCCUGAUGCACCUAUUAUUCUAGUUGGAACGAAAAUUGAUUUGAGAGAUGAUAGAGAAACAUUAAGUUUACUCUCAGAACAAGGAAUGUCACCAUUGAAAAGGGAGCAAGGUCAGAAGUUGGCAAAUAAAAUAAGAGCAGUCAAAUAUAUGGAAUGCUCCGCCUUAACGCAACGGGGUCUCAAACAAGUGUUUGAUGAAGCAGUCCGUGCAGUAUUAAGACCAGAACCUCAGAAGAGGCAUCAGAGAAAGUGUUUGAUCAUGUAAAUAUAACUUAAUGACAUAGUUAACAAAAAUGACACUCAUGCAGGAAUCUCAAUAAACAGUAAUAAUGUGUUUCUACACCAAAACUCUGCUCAGUUUACUUUUAGAAAUAGAAUAAUUACCUAUUCAUUAAAGACUCAUACAAAUAAAGUCCCAUAUGUGCCAUAAAUUCCAUUAUUACUGCAUAGUGCUAUUGAUACAGAUGUCGAAAAUCAUCACAGUGAUAUAUUCUAGUAUUGUUACUUUGUGAUCAUGUAUUAAGCAAACGGAAAUGCCAAAGAUUAUGAGUAGAUAUAAGUCACAGUAUGUUAGAGUUUGUUUUUUAUACCCUUUUGUUGGUUAGAAACAAAUUGUUACUGUUAGGAAUUCACGAGACUACUAAUAAAGUUAUUUUUAUACAGACAACUGAACCUCGAAUAUUUUGAAAUCUGAGAUAUUAUAUUCUUAUGCAACUUGUGAAUAAGGACUGACUGUAGAUGCUAGUGUGUACUAAUAACAUACUCAAAAUUAUUAUAUAAUUAUUUGCGAGUAAAUGGCAAGGCAUUUAUCAUGACUAUUCAAGAGUAAAAUAUUUGUUAUUGCAUUUUAUUUAGAUGUAUAGGAUAUGCUGAUAAAAAGUAGAAUACUUGCUAAAAAUAUUUUUGUAAAUCUAGCUAAUGAUACAAUUUAUAAAGGGCAAUAAUACUUUGUAAUAUAUCAUACAAAUCUUGGAGAAAUGUAGACCAAUUGCAUGUGUAUAGGAGCGUCUUCUAUCCAAAGCAGUUAUAAAUAAUGAAGGUCCAAAUAUCCACGUAACUUGGUCUACCAUAGAGUUAUGGCAGCUGAAAUGUAUGCUUCAGUGGUGAUCAUUUAUUAUUCUAGUUUUAUUAUUUAAUAUUGUAUUACUAAUCUAAUAUUACUGAUUUUUUUGUGUAUGACUUAAUGUAAUGUUUAAUUUUGUAUAGAUUAUGUGGUAUUAAGGUGUAAAGUGUGUUUAUAAUGAAUCACUAUGGCGAAGUAUUUUUGUAUGUGAAAUCUCUAGGGUAAGAAUAUUAAAACACAUUUACAGUGUGAUAAUACUUAGUAACAUAAACUGUUUGACAAUAUGGUACUUCUGUAUUGUUAAUAUAGCAGUUAAAUCUCAUUAGGUCUUUACAAAUCAAUGGUGUUUGAUAUUCAUAUAACUUGCCUUUAAUAUACAAGAUUUAGUGGGCGCCUUAUUGACAUUUAAAUAUAUUUUAAUUGCUACUUUUUAUUAGAGAAUUAUAUUGUUAAAAGAUAUAUAAUAAUGUCUCGGGAAUGUUUGUCACUUCACUAGGCCAUGUUGCUAGUGCUGACCAUAAGUAACAGUAUGAAAUCACAAUUUUAAAGGUCUAUGGCAGAUACCCUAACAUGCGUAUUUUUUAGUUUCAUGAGAGCUAAAUAUUU